AUGGAAUCUCUUGUGUAUGAGAAUUCACCGUUGGCCGAUUACCUCGAAGGUAUGUCACCCACCACACAAGUGUCGCAUGCAACCCCCUCACCGGUGCCUAUUCCAGGGGAGGGCGAGAGCAACGAAAGCUGGCUCGUGGAGGAAUCACGCAGCGAACAUGACCCGAAUGACACGGCUUCCAAUUUCGCCCCUCGAGGCGCUUCGAAGUUCCAGGAGCGCGUCCGGAACAAGCUGCCGAAACCUCUAGACCUCAGCAGAUCAAGGGAGGGAGUCGUUAUUGGCAAGCUGUACAAUGCAUGCUCGUCUGCCUUAAAUGCCCAAAUCGGGCGAAGCGACAACGAGCGAUUCCUCGAACAGUUCGGCUACGUGAUCGUCGCGUCGCAGUUGCUGAACGAGCACAGCGCACCCUCUUACACAUCUGCCACAGACGUGGUGUCGACUUCACAAUCCGCUGACCUCCCAUCCCUCUCCACGACGUUUGGAAUCCAAGGCGCCAUUGUCACGGCCGCGGCGUCUUUCUCAAUCGCAUGGCUAUUACACUGGAGUCGUUCCCGGUCUGGAGCCGGUCAUAGCCCGAAACGAGUGAUAGUCCUUCUCAUCCUCGUCCCCAUGGUGGGCGCCUUAUUCUAUGCCUUUGCCAAACGGCAGUGGCUCAAGUAUCUACGACACCAGGCUGUUCAGGCAGCUGGGGCUUUCGUUGGCAACGCACAGGGAUUUGACUCUGCUUCAUCUGCCUCGGUGGUAUUUAUACAGGAAGUCGAGCUGGUCUCGCGGGGCUAUCGGAUCAGCACUCCUUUACCACCCAUCAGCCGACUCGAAGACCAGACGCAGACACGGAGGUGCCUGAGAUUACGCAGGGCGGUCUCGGAGUGUUUCUUUUCGAUGUUGGAGCGAUACAUUCGGUCACAGAACAUCCUGCGGCCACUCACCGAUGAAGGCAAUCUCGCGAAGUAUUACGAUAUUUAUGACAUUGGGUUAGAGGAGCUCGAAGCAAUCGAAGCGACAGUGUCGCACCGAACAUCAGACGACCAGUACUCGUUGCGUUCCUUGCGGAAUCUUUUCGGGAAACUAUAUAGCGUGAGAAAGAGCGUUUUGUGCUGUCUACUGGCGCUGAGCGCCGAUGGAGGCGGCUCCGAUAUUGCCAGAUGGAGUACUGCCGUGGAGGAAAUGCGAGAUCUUGCCACGGUGACCGGAGCGAGCAUGCUAAAAAUGACAAGCAUUCUAAAUGAAGAGGACCGGGAUGCCAUUCCUCCGUCUCCCUUGCCCAUGGCCUCUCCAAGCAAGGACAACCUUCGUGCGCAGUUCCGAAGGCUCAACUCCUUGUCACAGGGAGUACGAGCCCUGCAUGCCAAGAUGCACAUUAUCAGCGAGGAGUCCAAUGCCAAUAUCGAACGGACCGACACUCCUACCGAUUUCGAGGCAACUCUCCUUGCACAGUACGAAUCAAUCGGCAGUGACAUUCGGACCCUGCUCCAGGAAUGGGAAGCAGGCAAAAUUGCUAUGCUGCACAGCGCCGAGCGGCAUAGCGCUGGAGAUCGAUCGCGACCACCGAGUGCGAUGGUUUCGCCCUUGUCCCCCACUUCGAGCCUUGGAGGCACCACCGCCGUCGAAGGCAGCCCGACUGACGCGCUCAAAGCACUGAACGGGGAAGGCCGACCAGACUUGACGCAUGCUUUCGACGAUGAGGAGAUCUUUGAAGCUGUUGUGCUGCCAUCGUCUCGAAACAAGAGGGCCUCUUUGACGCGAGACGAGCGGCUGGCGCGUGUUCGCGAAGAUCGGGCGAGGCAGGCCGCUGCUCGUGAGAAGGUGGAUGCGAACACGAACAUGCUCAAGGAGCUGGAGAUGGUCAUACAGCAGCGGCCGCGGAACGACCUCUCGAAAAGAGUGACGAGCAUUUAA